AUGACCCAGCCUUGUUUGCGCGCGCUUACGCUCGUGUCAGUCUGGGACAGCUGUCAAUCAUUCUCUCCCUCUCCGGCCCUAUUUCGCUCUAUUCGAGCACUCAAAGCUACACUCUUUCCUCCUCGUACCUCAAAGGCUGGUUCCAUUGUUGAACCUUCGCCUGUCCCAUACCUCAUUUGGGCUACAGGCCUGCAGGUCUUGCGUGUCCUCUCUAUCACCCUCGUCUUGGUCCUUAUCUCUCUCUCUCCCCCUUCCAGCCCUCUCUGCCUCUCCAUCUGUCCUGGCCUCGCUCUCUUUCGAUAUCUCUUGUCCGCCUCAGCCCUGCAGAUGGAGUGCAGUUGUGGCCAGGGUGAUAAGACGCACGGGGGCGUGGUACUGACGCCUGGACUGGUUUCUCUAUCUUCCUUUUCUCUCAAUUUCACAAUUCAUGUCAUCACACACGCCAGCCAGGCGGGCAUAGCCGUUUCAGGCCUUACACUCGCUGCCUCGCUCACUCACCAACCACUGAGCCUCUGUGUUCGAGUCCCGUUCGGACUCGAGCCCUGUUGUGGAUAG